AUGGAAAAUUAUAAUUUCUCUGCUUUAUCUAUAUCUAUAUAAACAGAUGCCCAGUCUUCCUAAUCAGGUAAACAAUUUAGCAGUCCCUUGAAAUCCGAUAAAACUAACUUUUUAGAUUUAGAUAAUCAAAAACAAAUUAAUGAUUCUGCUCAAUUCUCCCAAGUUGAUAUUUCUAUCUAGAAAGAUUGCGAAGAGAAGGCAGCUUAGACUUCGGAAUAAAAAUCUAAUAGUCUUUGUGAAUCGCAAUUAAAAUAGACCAAGGUAUCUUAGAAUAAAAAGAAAUUAGCAAAGAGAUGUUAAACAACACUUUUGAUUGGACAAUCUAUUCACAAACACAACUCUUAGAAGGCUGAAAAAUAUUUCAUUAAAAAAAACAAUCAGAUUAUAGAGAAGUCAUUUGAGAAGAUUAAAGGCAAGAUAUCCAAUUUUUCUAGAAUGUUUCUUACAAAUAUAAGGUAAUUGUAGAAACCAAUUCAGGUUCACUAUUUUCGAUCUACAAUUACGAAAGUCUUGGUGAUUGAUUAAGACAUGUUGGCUGCAGAAUUUAUUGUUUUAGCAUUAAAAUAGUUCCAGAAUGACGUCAAAUUAGAUCAAUCUUUGUAUGAAUUUCCAAAUUACAGUUUAGCCUAUCAAAUUGAAGGGUAGGAUGAUUAGCAAGAUUUGGAUGAAUUUUAAUAUAGAAGACAACCCUAAAGAUACAAAAGUUUCGGAUCUCUAGAGGACAAGAUGAAAUCAAGAAGAGAAAGUUUGAAUGAAAUAGAUUAUGAUUAAAAACCAGUUUCACAGUUUGAAAUCUCAUUAGGAGAAGAUAAUGAUGACAGAAUUAUUUAAAUUGAUUUAGAAUCACCUAUGCGUUAUUAUAAAUCGGUUGAUAUUGUACCAAUAUUAGAUUCUACAUAAUUAGAUUUUGAUUUACAAAUGGCUAAAAUUGUAUAUUAAUAACAUCCUAAUCAUAUUCUUAUUCUUAUUGAGGAACCUAUCAGCAAAGGAAGAUUUCAUAUUAAGAUACAACCGAACAUGAAAGCAAAUAAGAAAUACAGAACGACAGAUUACAAUUUAAUUUUAAAAUAUCCUUGUAUUCAUAUGAGCACAGAACCCAUUAAUCUAAAAAUACCCAUCAGCAAGUUACCGAUACAUUAAUUAAUACUCACCCAAAAAUUUCAAAAUGAAGCCAAUCGCUCAUUAAGAUAAUUUUAAGAUAGUUAUACAAUUAAUAUCAACAAAGAUACAAUUUUCUCAAGAAGCAUUAAUAAGUCUUACAGAUUUUUGUAAGAGGAGGGUAAAUCUAAUGAAUACACAGAUAAAGUGAGAACCUUAUAUUCCUAUCAAGAGUUUUAGCUGCUAAAAAUUGAUAAAUAAUUUAGAAAUAAUGUUAUUUUGGGAAUUGAUUAUUUUGAUUUAUAUUACUCUUACACUUAAGAGAGAUAAAGAAAAUUCACUUUGGGGAAAUUUUGUAAAUCAAUUUCAUAAUAUUUAAUCGAAGAGCCAAUUGUACAAAAAGAUUAUAGAAGAUUACCUUUAAAUAAGAUAUUAAAUGUUGAAUCGACAAAAGAUUUUGAAUUGAUAAUAAGUUAUGAGAAAAGUCAAAACUACAAAAAAUAGAUUCAUUUUGGAAUAGAUUUAAAUUAAGAGAAAUCUAAAAUCGAUCUUCAACAAAAAACUAUCAUGAAUGCAUACAAUAAAUUAGAAUAUUUAGUGGAUUUAUAUAUAAAAUAUAAAUAACAAUUAUGA